UUGAAAGCAUCCACCCGUGGUGUCUCAUUUCGAUGCUAUAGCAACCGUGCCGUGCCUCUCUGGAUUAUGUAAGGGCAUUGUGUUACGUAACCACGUCGCAGCUUGCUGCACCACUCCACUUGCGUCUGGCUAAGAGUGACACGCUCUUCGUUCACCGCCGCGGACAUGGCCCCCGUCAAUAAGGCAGAAGAUGCCCAAAAUGAGGUGAAGAAAGGUGAGGAGAAGAAGGGUGAGGAGAAGAAAGGUGAGGAGAAGAAGGGUGAGGAGAAGAAAGGUGAGGAGAAGAAAGGUGAGGAGAAGAAGGGUGAGGAGAAGAAAGGUGAGGAGAAGAAAGAUGAGGUGAAGAAAGAUGAGGUGAAGAAAGGUGAGGAGAAGAAAGGUAACACGACAGAAUUGAAAGGUUUGGAGACCCUCGCUCCCCUGGUCCGCUCUGUCGAGGAAACCCCCGAUGUGAUCCAUGCUGAGGUGCAAGGGACCAUUCCCCACUGGAUCAAUGGCAGCCUGCUCCGAAACGGCCCGGCAAAGUUUGAGUUUGGAGACACUCCCUUCAACCACUGGUUUGAUGGGAUGGCCAUGCUCCACAAAUUCAAGAUGGAGAAAGGCAAGGUGACGUACACCAGUCGCUUCCUGCGCAGCGAAGCCUACAAGAUGAAUAGCGAGCGGGACCGUAUCAUGGUGUCUGAAUUUGGUACCGUGGCAAUGCCCGACCCUUGUCAAAACAUCUUCCAGCGAUUCUUCUCUCGCUUUGAGAUGAUAAAGCCCACAGACAACGCAAAUGUCAACUUUAUGAAAUGCAAAGGAGACUACUAUGUCAGCACAGAGACCAACCUGAUCCACAAGGUGAACCCAGAGAGCCUGGAAACACUCCAACAGGUAGACUGGAGCACGUUUGUUGCUGUUAACGGAGCUACCGCCCACCCUCACUACGACCCUGAUGGCACCUGCUUCAACAUGGGCAACUCCUAUGAAGGCAAAGGAACCACGUACAACAUCAUCCGCGUACCUCCUGGGAAGUCGAACGACUACGACACCCUGCAAGGUGCCAGCAUUCUCUGUUCCAUCGCGCCUUCGAACAAGUCCCACCCCUCCUACUACCACAGCUUUGCCAUGUCGGAGAACUACGUGGUGUUCAUUGAGCAGCCGAUUAAAAUAGACCUGGUGAAGAUAGUCACGUGUAAGUUGCGGGGCAAGGCGUUCAGCGACGCCGUUUACUGGGACCCCAAGCAAGAAACCGUCCUGCAUCUUAUCGACAAGAAAACGGGCGAGGCCAGCCCAGUGAAGUACUACGCCAAAGCUUUCUCCAACUUCCAUCAGAUCAACGCCUUUGAAGAGGCCGGAUUCUUGAUUUUGGACCUGUGUUGCGCUGACGACGGCAAAGCCCUUGACAUCUACACACUUCAAAAUUUACGCAAGUCGGGAGAAGCACUGGAUAAGCUGUACAACAACAUGAGCAAGGUUUUCCCUCGCCGCUUUGUUUUGCCCCUCCAAGUGAGCGAUGACACGCCGAUCGAUAAAAACCUGAACACUCGGCCUUCCAGUAAAGCAACAUGUGUCAAAAAGAGCAACACAAGGGUGUUCUGCCAAUCCGAGGAUCUCCAUGGCGAUGACCUCUCCAAGUACGGCGGACUGGAGUUCCCUCACAUCAACUACGAGCGAUACAACGCGAGGCCUUAUCGGUAUUUCUACGGCUGCGGCUUCAAACACUUAUUUGGAGACUCGCUUCUCAAGAUGGACCUCAACGACAGGACGCUGAAGGUGUGGUACCAGAAGGGCCUCUUUCCAUCGGAGCCGGUUUUUGUGCCCUCACCAAACGCCGUGGAGGAGGAUGACGGUGUCAUCCUCUCCGUGGUUCUGUGCCCUUCGCAGGAUAAAGCCACAUUCCUCCUGGUUUUGAACGCCAAGACGUUUGAGGAGUUAGGAAGAGCCAACGUGCCUGUCAACAUGCCCUACGGCUUCCACGGUGUCUUCAACGCAUCUGUAGUUAAAUGAAUAUGUUCCAGCAUGUUUUCUCACGGAGGAUAUUGUUCAUGAUCAUAUUCCAAAAAUACCAAGCAGGCUGACUGAUCACUUUUAUAUCAUGGUACUGGACUGAUUUCCUGCUUUCUGCCUUACAAAGCUACACUGCUCUGUUAUCAACCGGAUGCAAAUGAAGACAAUUCUUACAGUGUGCAUUUUUAUUUUUUAUAUUAGUUUACACAUCUUUUCUACGAGCGUUAAACUGCGACACCGUACUCACAAAGUGCUGAAAAUGCCUUCCUUCAAUAAAUGGGUUAAAUCAAUGUCA